AUGUCUCGAUUCUCUAAUCAUGUCCUGAAGUUGACGGCCGGUAUUCCUGUAAUGCUGCUAAGAAAUAUCGACCCUAAGAAUGCGUUGUGUAAUGGCACAAGACUCAUCAUUACUCGGAUGGCUAAUUAUGUUCUCGAGGCUCAGAUAAUAACCGGUAGCAAAGUUGGUGACAAAGUACUCAUUCCUAGAAUAUUCCUCUCUCAUUCAGAGAUGAAACUUCCUUUUAGGAUGAGACGCAAGCAGUUUCCUAUUACAUUAGAUUUUGCAAUGACUAUAAACAAGAGCCAAGGACAAACACUCGAAAAGGUUGGUUUGUAUCUUCCAAGGCAUGUAUUACUCAUGGGCAACUCUAUGUUGCUGUGUCGAAGGUUACAUCCAGAGAAGGUUUGA